GCAAUUAGCUCAAUUCUCAAAACGGAAGUUCUAGAAUUUGAGAUGUAAACAUGAGAAAGAAAGGCAUUAAAUAGAUUGGAUACCUGACUCCCCCAGCCUUCUUCUGACAUGCAGAGUCACCUGGUCCUGGACUGGAAAGAAGAUAAUAUCAAGAGCAUGAUUUUUAAUAAAAAUAAAUAUACAGCUAUACCUCUUGAUGAAACAGAGAAGACGUCAACAAAGAACUCCUUUUGUGCCUAUUUGUCUUCAUACCUCACCAAAAAAAACAUCAGUGCUGCUGUCUUUAUUUUGAUCUUGUCAAUGGCUUUUGUCUUGGUUGCCUGCAUUGGUGGAAACUUUCAGUCCAAGGUCUGCACAGAUCACAGCACUGUACAGUUUACUGGGUCACUUCAGAAUAGACUAGAUCAUCUUCAGAAGAACUUGAAGAUUGCACAUUCCAAAAGGAGGCUCCCACAUUGCAUCAUCAUUGGGGUACGAAAAGGUGGAACAAGGGCCUUGCUGCAGUUUUUGAAGAUUCAUCCAGAUAUACAAGUUGCUCCCGAUGAAAUCCAUUUCUUUGAUAAUAAUGAAAAUUAUAGCAAAGGAAUAGACUGGUAUCGUAGGAGAAUGCCUCAGUCAUUUGAAGAGCAGCUGACUAUAGAAAAGUCCCCAAACUAUUUUUUGGAUUGGAACACACCUUAUCGAGUCAAAAUGAUGAACUCAUCCAUCAAGUUGUUGUUGAUUGUGCGAGAUCCACUAUAUCGAGCUGUGUCUGAUUAUGCUCAGAUCAAAGAAGUAAGAGAUAGGAAAGGUAUGGAAAUGAAAGAGUUUGAGGACUUGGCUAUAAACUCAGAUACAGGAAAAGUGAAAAUUCAUUACAAAGCAAUAAAUCGCUCCCUGUAUUACAUACACACCAAAAGAUGGUUAAAACAGUUUCCAUUGAACCAGAUUCACAUUGUUGAUGGUGACAAUUUGGUGCUGCAUCCAUUUGAGGAAAUGGAAAAAGUGGAGAGUUUUCUAGGUCUUAGGCAUUAUCUCCAAGAAGAUCAUUUUGUGUAUGACAGAAAGAAAGGCUUUUACUGCAUCAACAAAGAAAAUGGUGAUCAUAAAUGUCUUAACAGGACUAAGGGUCGGCCCCAUCCUAAGAUUGACCCUGAAGUUGAGGAUCAGCUAAACAAGUUUUUUGAACCAUACAACCAGCAAUUCUUCCAGCUGGUUGGCAAAACAUUUAAGUGGCCCAAACAAACAAGGAGAAGAUCUUUAGGAUGAAUUUCCAAAACUAAAAGUUCUAAUGGCAUUCCUUUAUUUUUAUUGGUAAACAAUCAUAAUACCAAGUAACAGGCAUUUUUUCUGCAGUUUCAAAUUUUUGCAGGAAUAUCCUUCUAAGGUAGCUUUCAAAUUUCUGCAUUGGGAUUUUUUGAGAUUCCAUUUGAUCUGUAGGCAAUAAUACCUAAAAUAUGCAAUUUGAUUUUUUGUUUUAAUGCCAUAUGAUAUGUACCAGAAUUCCUUGUUGAACUAGAGUAGCUCACUCCUAAUCAUAUGCUCACAUUUUUUCGAUUUGGGUAAUAUAAAAUACACAUAUAUACGAUAGAUUUAUAUUCAUUUGUUACCUCUGCAUGUACAUUCGAUUUCAAUUGGUAAAAUUUUCCUCCAAGGUGAAAAGUUUUAUGCUUGUCUGUGAAUAACAGUGCCAAUAUUUGAUAAUGCCCAGUGCUAGAGAAGAAAAUGAUUGACAUUGCUCAUCUACCUGAACAUACAAAAAACAUGAAAACAAUAAUCCGUGUACUCUUGAAAAUCUUGUCACCUGAAGAUUAUCUGUUUAGAAUUUUUAACUUCAUGAAGUUAAUGUAGUUGAAACUUUCCCCAAAAAAAUGGAAAGAGAGGAAAAUAUUGGGAAGGGGGGACACAAUAUACUAAAACUACAGUAGCAGAUUUGAACUUCUGACUUUCAAUUCUGCAGGCUGAUGACAAUGAGCUAAGAAAGUGAAUAGAUUUAAGAUAAGCUUAAGCUGCAAUUUUUCGAAGUAGAUGUAUAACAGAAAAAAGAAAAUUGCUGGGUGUAGAGAAGUCAAU